AUGGCUUACUCGAGCGCACUAGUGUUGGUGUUGAUGUUCGCUAUGGUGGCCGGAUCAGUCUUCGCUCAAGCUCCGGGAGCAUCACCGGCGAAGUCUCCGGUAGCAUCGCCUCCCAAGGCGGUGGCGACUCCGUCUCCCUCCAUGAAGCCACCGACCACCGCUCCUACUUCCGCCCCUACCACCGCACCACCGACCUCUGCUCCAGUUGCUCCUGGUACCGCUUCCGCCUCCACUCCCUCCGGCGCCACCGUUCCUCCAUCCACGAUCUCAGCCCCCGGACAAUCUCCUUCUUCUACUCCUUCUAGCACCGGCGCAUUGAACAGAGUCACCGUCGCCGGAUCCGCUGCUGUAGUCUUCUUUGCCGCGACGUUGUUGAUUUAG